GAUCCAUAAUCUUCCUUCAUAAUUCGGCCCAGUUUUUGGCAGACCGCGCUAAAAUUUUAGUCAAACUUGGCAAAAGUGAAAUAAAACCCGUCCUUAUACUAAUAUGUUUAAAUAGUUGGGAAUAAAUGUGCUCACUUUCACAGAUCAUUAAUUAGAUAUUCACUGGUAUACUUGGUCUUCAAAGACCAUGUCAUGUGAAGUGUGGCACAUUUAUUAAUUAAUUCCUGUGCUUGUUAUACAUGCAGUCUGUGUAUGGAUUAAGGAUUAACUGAUUUAGUUACUUUAUAUUGUCAUACAGGGUGUCAGUCUUUUCAGUUAUGGAUUAAAGCCAAAUAAAGUAUUGAUUUAACUUAAUGAAAAGUGAACAGUUGAAGUUAUAAUAAAAAAAAAACUCAAAAGGAUUUUACAAAUUGUGGAUUUAUUAAUUAAAUUUGUUAUUACAAAAAAGUUGGAUUUAUUUUUUUUAAAAAGAAUAUAAUUACAAAAAAAAAGUUGGAUUUAUUUUUAAAAUAAAGAAGAAAGAGAAGAUAGGGCGAAACAAUUAGAAAUUAUUCAGUUUAAUUCUUGACUAUAUGUUGGAUUUCAAAUAUAAAGAAAUGUAGACAGUCUAUCAAGUGACAAUGGGAAGUGGUAGUUCAAGCGAAGCACCUAAAGAAACCCAGUCGGCUCCAGUCACUGCCCGUACAACACCAAAACAGCCAAAAAGAAAUCGCCAAUUUGAAGAGGUACAGAUUGCUGGCCAAGGGGGAAGCAGGUCACGCCCGCCUGCCCGUUCAACAGGUGCGAGUCCAAACCCUCAUCAGUCUUCAUCAACAUCAAAAAAUCCACGAGGUACAGAUCCAGGUGCCUCUGGUAGUACCUCUGAUAGAACAAAACAGCAGAACACACCGAGACAGGGUGCUGCAGCAAAUGGUAGAAAGCCACCAACCCAAGCUAGGAGUUCCAACAUGCCAUCACAACAGAGAUCUGAAGUAAACAAAAGAAUACAAAGCAUCAAAGAGGAGGAAGGUGUUUUAGAUCAUAAUGGCAAUAGAGCCUCUGGGCAAGCUGAGGCCCAUUCAGGGGUCAAGGAGAUAGAUGUUCCAUCUGGGUCAUCACAGCCUAGCAACCGUAACCAGGUAACAGUAAGCCAUGGGAGUAGGUUUCAGACAAACCAGGCCAAGGCAAGAGAAGCAGCUCAGGCUAAGUUCCAGACUGAAAAAUCAAACCAGGCUAAAGUCACAACUAAUGUUGCUGAUUCUGUAAAUGUUGCAAACAGGGGAGUUACUGAUGCCAGAAGAGAUGUCAACAAAGCUGGGCCAGAAAACACAGAGAAGAAAGAAAGUAUUGAAGCUUCAAGAGUAAAUAGAAAUUUAGGCAAAGGUGUUCAAAACCAGUCAGUUCCAGGUAAAAAAGAACAAAAUCCUGCCACAGUGAACACAGCUGUCGUGAAUGGUGACUUGGACUUGGACAAUGAAGACUUAGGGGACCUUGAUAAUUUAAGUUAUGAUCACGGAGAAGAAUCAGAUAUCAGUGAUGAACAGGAUCAAGGUCAUGAGGAGCACAGUGACCUUGACAGUGAAGGUCAUGAUGAAUUUGAAGCUGCGAAUGUUACAGCUGCUAGUGGAGAGAGAAAUGUGACUCAACAGCAAGCUAGGAGUAAAAAUAGAAGAGAAACUGUUGUUUCCAUGAAAGAUGAUGAUAUUGUAUUUGAAACGUUUUAUCAUCGAAGCGGGAAGGAGUUUCAGUGUAUAUACCAGAGUGGAAUGCGGUUCUACCUUGAUGACUGGGGAUCAAAGGAAUGGCAGCCAUUUCCAAAACGUUGGUACAAUGAAGGACUGCUGGUGACAAACACUAUACUCAAAGAUGAGAAUGCUGAACAAAAUAAUAGAAAUGAGCAGGCAGCUGGAGCAUCGGGUCAAGGUCAGUCAUCAAGGUCACAAGGUCGUAGUCAAGGUCAGGGAGGUGGAGGUGGUGGUGAUGACAGAGAAGGUUUUCUUAUGCAUCCAACCAAAGGCAGAAUACCAACAUAUAUAUUUUAUAAAAAACACAAUGUACACAUGUACUUUGACAGAGAUACCGGUUCCUGGGUCCGUAUGCCAAUUGGUUGGGAGUUGCAUCAUAACAUGGUCAAAAGUCUUGUUGACCAAGUAGAAGAAGCAGUGCCAACAUGGGGAGAUCGUCACGAUAUUCUAGCUUUACUACGAGCGUGUAAUUAUGAUCCAGACGAGUGUAUAUCUAUAUAUCUACAUUUAGAAAGAGAUGAAUGGAUGAAAGGACCAAAAACUUCUAAAGAAAAUAAAGUUUUAAUGGAAAAGGAGGCAAGAGUUCUAGAGUUGGAAAAGAGGGUUAAACACUUAGAAACUCAGUUACAGAAAGAGAUAAGUUGUAGAGAAGAUGCUGAAAGAAAUCUUGAAUUACAAGAGACCAAAUUCAGUGAAUUGGAGGCGGAGUCAAAAGACACUGAAGCACAGUUGUCUGCAGUGACUGGUGGCCGGCCACCAACUGCACGACCUUUCUCAAGAAUGGUGAAACCGGGACAAAAAGGUGCCAAAGGUGCUGUUGUUGGUGCAGCAAUGAAAGGGGGUUUGAGCACGGUGCAGUCAGAAGAGACUGUCAAUCCAGAUGAUGUCAUUGACUUGAAUGCUAAUGCCAAGGAGUUACGUAAAGCGCAUACACGGGUAAAGAUGGACGUGGAACGAUUUAUGGGAGACAUGAAACACAUGUUGGAAAAGAUUGGUCCAGCAUUCAAACAGAUGAAACAGUCUGAAAAGGGUACGCUCAAUGAGAUAGAGGAGGUUCGAGCCCUCUACAGAAAAGAGGCAUUACAGAGGAAACUAUUGUAUAAUCAGCUUCAAGAGUUACGAGGCAACAUUCGAGUGUUCUGUCGUGUACGUAAAGAUGACAGGGCUGAGAAUUGUCUCAAAUAUCCCAGUGACCAAGAUCUUAUUGCAACAUCACAGGGACAGAAAAAGAUGUUUAACUUCGACAAAGUCUUUGAGCCAUCUAGCACACAAGAAGCAGUAUUUGAGGACACAAAGCCAAUUAUCACAUCAUGUGCUGAUGGCUACAAUGUUUGCUUACUUGCAUACGGACAAACGGGUAGCGGUAAGACGUUCACUAUGAUGGGUCCAGAAUCUAAUCCGGGUAUUAAUAUCAGAGCAAUGAAGGAACUGUUCCAAGUUUGUAGUGAACGUAAAGAGACCAUGACUUAUAAACUCACAGUAUCAUUAGUUGAGAUCUACAAUGAAACUAUACAAGAUUUAUUGACAAGCGAUGCCAAGACAUUAGAGUUGAGGACAGCCGGAAACAAGGUUCAGAUACCUGGCCUCAUAGAAACUGAGAUUAAGAACCUCGAUGAUGUAAGGAAGGUCAUGGCCAUGGGUGAUAAAAAUAGAUCUGUAGCCUCGACAAAAAUGAACUCAACAAGUUCCCGAUCACACUUGGUUUUGAUGUUAGCAGUAGAAGGGCAUGACAAAGUAACUAGUGCAAUAACGCGUGGUACGCUUGUACUGUGUGAUCUGGCAGGGUCAGAGAGGAUAUCUAAAACUGAGGCAGAGGGCCAGAGGCUGGUCGAAGCUGCUGCUAUCAAUAAAUCUCUAUCAGCUCUUGGACAGGUAUUUUCAGCGUUACGAAGCAGUCAGCUUCAUGUUCCAUACAGAAACUCGAAGCUCACACAGAUACUGCAGCCUUCACUGGGAGGUGAUGCUAAGGCAUGCUUGUUUGUAAAUGUGAGUCCAGAUGCAUACAACUUCUCGGAGACUGUGAGCACUCUAACAUUCGGCAGCAACGCGAGACAAGUGGCCCUCGGCCAGGCUAAACAAAACAUCUCCAAAGGCAAAGGAUAAUCCCUAGAUUUAAACAUCCUUUGUCAGGUAUAAUCCCUAGAUUUAAACAUCCUUUGUCAGGUAUAAUCCCUAGAUUUAAACAUCCUUUGUCAGGUAUAAUCCCUAGAUUUAAACAUCCUUUGUCAGGUUAACAGUACUUGGAGAAAAGUAUCUAAGUAAAACAAUCCUAUAACUAUUCUAUGCCAACCUUGAUUUAUGAGUAUGUCAAGGUCAAAAGGUCACCAUCAAAAAAGACACAUUGUAGGUCAAAAACUUCACUUGCUCUCUUUUCUAAUGUUAAAGUCAUUGAUUUAUACAUUUGGUUUCAUAAAAUGUUAGGUAGGAUCUUAAUUUUUUAUUGCAUGGGUGUCAAAAUAUGUCAUAAAAAGUGCUGGAUUUUUCAUUUGAGCCGCACCAUGAGAAAACCAUCAUAGUGGCUUUGUGACCAGCAUGGAUCCAGACCAGCCUGCGCAUCCGCGCAGUCUGGUCAGGCUCAGUGCUGUUCGCCAACAGUUUCUCUAAUUGCAAUAGGUUUUGAAAGCGAACACUAGACUUCAGGCAUCUCCUAAGAUAAUGUUAACUUAUAGAACUUGACUGCUUAAGUAGAUCAUAACUAAAUGAGAAAAAACAUAUAAUUGGAAAAGUUUGUUUGUCUCAUAUUUCGGAAACAUUAAUUGUCACCUCAAUGCAAAAACUGCAUGAGUGCUUCUGUAUUUCAUUACACUUACUUAAGUAAAAGAAUUGAACAAGCUUUUUAGAUUUUAAAAGUUUGGAAAAAAAUCAAGUUUGUAUAAAAAGUGUUAAUGGCUGGUACAGUGUUAAUGGCUGGUACAUUAACUUUGAAUGCUGGCAUGCAUAUCUUUUUAUGUAAUAGACCUGAUUUAUUUCACAAAUUUUAGCAAAUGUGUGUGUCCUUUACAUUGUAAAGAUCCAUCCUUCAGAUUUUUGCUGUGUGUAGAAAAUAUAGUUCAAGCUGAAUAACUGUCAUUUUUACUUUUUUGUAGGGGUGGGGGGGGGGGGGGAACGGUAUAUAUUUAUUAUGCCCCCCUUUGAAAAAGGAGGGGUAUAUUGUUUUGCAGAUGUCGGUCGUCGGUCGGUCGGAAUGUAGACCAAUCCGUUUCCGGAUGAUAACUCAAGAACGCUUGGGCCUAGGAUCAUGAAAGUUGAUAGGGAGGUUGGUCAUCACCAGCAGAUGACCCCUAUUGAUUUUGAGGUCUGUAUGUCAAAGGUCAAGGUCACAGUGACCCUGAAUAGUAAAACGGUUUCCGGAUGAUAACUCAAGAACACUUGGGCCUAGGAUCAUGAAAGUUGAUAGGGAGGUUGGUAAUGACCAGCAGAUGACCCCUAUUGAUUUUGAGGUCAGUAUGUUAUAGGUCAAGGUCACAGUGACCCUGAACAGUAAAACGGUUUCCGGAUGAUAACUCAACAACACUUGGGCCUAGGAUCAUGAAAGUUGAUAUAGAGGUUGGUAAUGACCAGCAGAUGACCCCUAUUGAAUUAAAGGUCAGUAUGUUAAAGGUCAAGGUCACAAUGACCCUGAACAGUAAAACGGUUUCCGGAUGAUAACUCAAGAACGCUUAGGCCUAGGGUCACGAAAGUUGAUAGGGAGGUUGGUAAUGACCAGCAGAUGACCCCUAUUGAUUUUGAGGUCAGUAUGUCAAAGGUCAAGGUCACAGUGACCAGGAACAGUAAAAUGGUUUCCAGGCAAUAACUCAAGAACGCUUGGGCCUAGUGUCAGGAAAAUUGAUAGUUAGGUUGGCCAUGAUCAGCAGAUGACCCCUAUUGAUUUUGAGGUCAUUAGGUCAAAGGUCAAGGUUACAUUGGCCAGGAACAGUUAAAUGGUUUCUGAUCUUCUUGUCCAAAACCAUAGGGCCUAGGGCUUUGAUAUUUGGUAUGUAGCAAAAUCUAGUGGUCCUCUACCAAGAUUGUUCAGAUUAUUUCCCUGGGGUCAAAUAUGGCCCCACCCCUAGGGUCACAUGGUUUAUAUAGACUUACAUAGGAAAAAACUUUGAAAAACCUCUUGUCCAAAACCACAGGGCCUAGGGCUUUGAUGUUUUGUAUAUGACAUCAUCUAGUGGUCCUCUAGUAAGAUUAUUCAAAUUUUUCCCCUAGGGUCAAAUAUGGCUCCGCCGUGGAGGUCACAUGGUUUACAUAUACUUAUAUAGGGAAAAACUUUGAAAAUCUUCUUGUCCAAACCACAAAGACUAUGGCUUUGGUAAUUUGUAAUGUAGCAUCAUUUAGUGGUUCUCUACCAAGUUUGUUCAAGUUAUCCCUCUUGGGUCAAAUAUGGCCCCGCCCCAGAGGUCAUAUGGAUCAUAUAGACUUAUACAGGGAAAAACUUAGAAUCUUCAUGUCCAUAACUUACAUCAUUUAAAUUUGGACCACAUGUAUAGUUUUGAGUGGCAAGAUGAACCUUGACAUGAGUUGACCUUGAUCUUGACCUAGUGACCUACUUUCACAUUUCUGUACCUACAGCCUUCAAAUUUGGAUCACAUGCAUAGGUUUGUGUACUGAAAAAUACUUUGACCUUGUUAUUGACCUAGUGACCUACUUUCACAUUUUUGAAGAUACAGGCUUUAAAUUUGGACCACAUGCAUAGUUUUUUGUUCCAAAAUAAAAUUUGACCUUGAUUUUGACCUAGUGACCUACUUUCACAUUUCUCAAGCUACAGCCUUCAAAUUUGAACCACAAGCAUAGUUUUGUGUACUGAAAUGAACUUUGAUCUUGAGAUUGACCUAGUGACCUACUUUCACAUUUCUGAAGGUACAGGCUUCAAAUAUGGACCACUUGCAUAGUUUUGUGUUCGGAAAUGGAAUUUGUGUUUACAGUGAGCAUAUAAUUUCUGUUCCUUGUGCAAUUACUGAAUGCAUCAAGGGGGGCAUUUCGUGUUCGACGAGCUCUUGUUAAAAAAGGAUCUGCUGUAUUUUUUUGUGACAGAUCUGUAAAUAGAUUGUUGCUUGCUGCAAUUAUACCUCAUCUUUUUUCAACUAUUUAUUAUUAUCAUUUAAAUUGACAAUGCUUAAAAUGCCAAUGAUCUUUCCUUUAUUAACUUAUGAGUUGUGCAUAUAUUUAUUUAUUAUGUAAUAGUUGCAUUAAAUAGAUUCUUUACUGUGCUGAAAGAUGUAACCCAUACUUAAAUUACUGGAGUCCAGUUCCUAGAAAAUUAAAUGCUGAUGUUAUAUAGGGGGAUUUUAUUUUUGUUUCUGGUGCGGUUUGAACUCUGUUCUCUGGAUUAAUUGAUGCAGAGGCUGAUAAAUUACCUAUUAUAUUACAAUACCAUUCUCCAACCUUUUGAUGUGUUUACAUGAGCAAGAAAUUCAAUUACUUUGAAAUGAUUUGAUUUUGUAGCUAUGAAAUUUAGUGGUUUUAGCUCAGACAACUAUUUCUUGGGGAUGUAAACCCAAGGAAACAAUCUGUGAUAAUCAUUUCUGUGUUUUUUUAUGUGUUUAAAUAAUGUAAUUUUAUCAGUUUUAAUAUGUCAUAUGUAGAUAUUUCAAACAGUUUAUUUAUAGAUCUUAAAUAUAUAUUGUUACUUAUUAUCAUAAUCAUGAAAUAUUUUAUGGACAAGGUUUACAUUUUGUUAUAACAUAAAAAGUUAUAUUAAAUGACUACGGAGCAAAUUGGUAUGUAUGGUCCUAAUAGUCGAAGAAAUUGCUGUUUUCUUGGUCCACAGUUGUAAAACUGAGUUUGGAAACCAGUCUGAAAUCUCCUGCAUAUGACUGGUAAAUUAUGAGCACAGACAUGAAAUUGACCAAUGGCAGCGUAGCAGUCUGAGACUGGUCUCAAAACUGUUGUAUAACCUUGAAUCCAGGAAUUUCAGUCAUAACUGUAUCAGACAUUUUAUAAAAUUCAUUGUUAAGAAUAUUUCAUAUGUACAGUCAUAGACAAAAAGAUUUUCAUAGCAUUAAGGGUUAUGAAUAACUGACAUUCAGGUGAUGGGCAUUUACAUGAAUUUUUAAGAAUGUUAGGUGGAUGAAUGUAAAAACAGGAACAUUUGAAGAGGCCUUUAUUUGUCAGGUUAAUUUUUUAACACCUUGUUGUUGUGCCCCCACCCCAUGAGUGGUGGGGGGCAUAUAGAUUUGGUCUUGUCCGUGCAUCCGUCCGUCUGUCCGAAGUUCGUGACGUGCCUAGCUCAAAAAGUAUUUGAUAUAAAUUGAUGAAAUCUUGCACAAGUCUUUAUCAUGAUAUGAACUCGUGCACCUAUUUUUCAUCUGGCUCCACCCCCUAUUUUCAGAGUUAUGGCCCAUGAAAUAGUCAAAAAUGCACAUUUUUAACUUGUGACAUGCCUAACUCAAAAAGUAUUUGAUAUAGAUUCAUGAAACCUUGCAUGAGUCUUUAUCAUUAUAUGAACUUGGGCAUCUCCUAUUUUUCAUCUGGCUCCGCCCCCUAUUUUCAGAGUUAUGGCCCCCGAAAUAGUCAAAAAUGCAGGUUUUCACCUCGUGACACGCCUAGCUCAAAAAGUAUUUGAUAUAGAUUCAUGAAACCUUGCAUGAGUCUUAAUCAUGAUAUGAACUUGGUCACCUCCUAUUUUUUAUUUGGGUCCGCCCCCUAUUUUUAGAAUAAUGGCCCCUGAAAUAGUCAAAAAUGCACAUUUUCACCUUGUGAUGCACCUAGCUCAGAAAGUAUUUAAUAUAAAUGGUUGAAAACUUGCAUAAGUCUUUAUCAUGAUAUAAACUUGCACACCUCUAAUACAUUGGCUGGCUCCACCCCCUAUUUUUAAAGUUAUGGCCCCUGAAAUAGUAAAAAAAUGCACUUUUUCACCUAAUUAUGUGACUUAAACUCAAAAAAUAUUAGAUGUAAAUUCAGGAAACCUUGCUGGAGUCUUUAUCGUGAUGUGACCUUGCACACUUGACAUUCUUCUUGAGAAUCUUAGCUCUUAUUACAGAGUUAUGGCCCUUGAAAUUGCCAAAAUAGUGGAUUUUUUAUUUGUGAUGCUCAAAAAGUAUAGGGCCUAGAAUAAUGAAUCCUUUUCAUAAAAUGUUUGUUUAGGCAAACCCCAUUAAGACUGCAAACAUUUGAAUUAUUGCCCCUUAUUUGUGACAAAUGUACCAGUGGGGGGCACACCCUGUGUCCUACAGACACAUUCUAGUUUUAAGAUACGCCCAAGUCAGGUUGACACAUUUCUAGCUUACAUCUACUUUUUAUAAUAAUUUCAUACCAUAGUUUGUUUCAUUCGUGCACCAUGACCUCAAAAAGGAGAUGGGGGCCUCCGUGGCCGAGUGGUUAAGGUCGCUGUCUUCGAAUUACUUGGCCCUCACCGAUGGGUUUGAGCCUCACUCGGGGCAUUGAAUUCUUCAUGUGAGGAAGCUAUCCAGCUGGUUUAUGGAAGGUUGAUGGUUCUACCCAGGUGCCCGCUUGUGAUGAAAUAAUGCACAGAGGGGCACCUGGCGUCUUCCUCCACCAUCAAAGCUGGAAAGUCGCCAUAUGACCUAAAUUGUAUCAGUGCAACGUUAAACCCAACAAAAAGGAGAACAGGUAAAAAGUACAGAAGUAGGCAUUCAGUUGGCUGUACUAGAAAACAAUGGUUGGGUGGGGGAGCGAAGGAUAUCGAGCAUUGAAUAUUCUGCUAUAAACAACUGCAAAUUGGUGAGAGACCAUUUAAGGAUCAAACUUUGAUGCUUGAUAUCAGGUUCAUAACCUCAUGGUAAAUGUAGAUCUGUUUUUAUUAUACAGUUUUAUAAGCUUUUUAAUCGGACCUUCUUGUGACCUUUAUAGUUAAAUUUCUGUGCUUUUGAACUCUGUAUCAUGGUACAUAAGAAAAUAAACCACUAAGUAUCAACUGUUGUUAUUUACUGAAAUUUUACAUACUUUCAAUUUUGUAGUGAACAUAAUAUAGAUUAUGUAUAUAUUACUGUGCCAGGAAGUAACACUAUAGACUGUGAUAUUAGUAUUUUUUUAUUAUUAUUUUUAUUUCAUUGUAUCAUUCCCACCAAGGAUGAUUUAUAUAAGUAAUUCUGGAGAAAAACUGAAUUGUUUUAAAAUUAAGUUACUACUAAGAACAGGAAGAUAUAAUUAGAUAUGACUGAAAAGAUAAUUGUGCUAAAAAAGAAAAUUGAUAUGUCUUACAUCGUAUGAAGAAAACUUAAAAAAUGAUCAGGGCCUUUAAAAUCUGCUUCAGCAUAUGUUAAGAAUUCUAUUGAAUUUUGUGAUACUGUGUUAAAUUUAAUUGCUUUAAUUAAAUGUUUUAAGAUCUUACUUCCUAUUAUUUAUUGAAUAUAUUGAAUACAAAUAACCAUGUCUAUGUUAAACAACACUCUCACCAUUGAUUUUGUCGGUCAGUCUUUAAGCAUCCCUAAGUGCCAGAAAUGUUAGAGUUAAUGAUGUUUGUGUCUUAUUUCAUGUUUCCUCAAGUGUUCUUGGAGAUUUUUUUUUGUUCAUGCUUUAUCUGUCUAUUGUUAGAUUGAGAGUUAUAGAAAUAUGAAAAUAAAUUAUUUAUGGGAA